AUAAUUAGUACAGUUGGUAGUAUAGUAUGUUAGAUGUUACGAAGUUGGUUUUCUUCAGUCUUAAUUUUGGCGCGUUUAUCACAUUUUGACAGUUUUGCAAAACUUGCAAGGAAGGGUCACACGUGAUUUCAUUCAACAAUGACGCGUUAACUAUUAACAACAAAACAACAGAACCUGGGUAAACAAAACAAAGGGUUGGAUGAGAAAGUUAAGUGUUCGUUGUUUGAAGGCUGCGUUUUUGAAAAUGGACUUUGUUUUCGUAUACGGCACCUUGAAAAGGAAUGAACCUAAUCAUACUUGGAUGGAGGACAAGGCUUUCGGAUACUCUCAAUAUAUCUGCAAUGGAGUCACAGUAGAAAAGUAUCCUCUGAUUAUAGCAACUAAGUAUAACAUCCCAUUCUUAUUGGAUGUGCCUGGCCAGGGUCACAACGUAACGGGAGAAGUGUACGAAAUAGAUUCUCCCAAGUUACAACAUCUAGAUGUGCUAGAACGGCACCCCGACUAUUAUGUUCGAGAAAUGAUAGAAGUGCAAUGUGGAGGGAAAAAGGUGUCUGCUUGGGUGUAUCUACUCCGGGAAUUCCGCCCACAUUUAUUAGAUGAACCAUUUCUCGAAGACUAUUCUUCGACUGGAGAUCACGGAAAACCCUACGUUGAGAAAGCAGAAAGAGAUUCCUCAUAUGAUGUUAAAAAGGAUGUUAAAUUAACUAACCAUAAACAGGUCAUCUAGUCUCAAUCCAAAAAUUAUUUUGGCAUUUCAACCAUGUGGAUCAAAAUUUGUGAUUAAUUUUGCCCCAACAUCAGUCCAAAGAAAAUAUUUAAGAAAAGGUCAAAUUUGGGACUUUGAAAGUAAAUGUCGUUAAAGGAGUGUAAAACCAAUACACUGAUAGUAUAAUACACAAUUGCAUAUUUCUUAUUAUUAAUAAGCUGGUUAUUGUUACAUCAAGAAGAUUAUAUUGCUCAAAUGUACUUCAAAUUAGUUCUUAAAUAAUACUCAAAAUAGUUGCUGUAUUGUGUAUCAUUAAAUAAAGUUAAUACAUAUUAAUAAAUUUUGCUGAAACAUUAAUAAAGUUUAACUAUGUUUAAUAUAAUUCUCUCACCCUCACACCACCUUGUGAAAUCCAUUCAAACUGGUUACUUACUGUAAUAAUUUAUUAUCGUGCAAAUAAUUGAUGGUAUAAUGAGUUUCAUUCUCAUUACUGAAUUC